UUAAUUUUACUGUCUUGGGGUGGACAAAAAAACACAGAAGGGAGUAUUUGGUAGAAGAUUCCAAUUCCGCGUGCUUUCUUCCUCUUCUUCGCCAAGUUGUACUGUCUUCGUGAUUAUUGUGCCCUACACCUCGAUACCUUCUAGUUUUCGAUAUUCGUCUUUCUGGUUUCCUUCUAGAAUUCGUCAUUCUUUCCUGGAAUCCGUCGAUCGCUCGUUAUUUCUGCAGAUCGGCAUCUGAAGGUUGGACCCAAUAGAUGGCAAGCAGGUUUGGGGAAUCAACGAGCAGAUCACCACCAAGCCCUUCCUACUCCAGCAACAAUAGUAACAGCGAUGCAGGCAAUUUUGAAUGCAACAUAUGCUUUGACUUAGCACAAGACCCUAUCAUUACUUUAUGUGGCCAUCUUUUCUGUUGGCCCUGUCUCUACAAAUGGCUUCACUUUCACUCACAGUCACGGGAAUGCCCAGUGUGUAAGGCCCUCAUUGAGGAGGAGAAGUUGGUUCCCUUAUACGGAAGGGGUAAGUCCUCAACUGACCCAAGGUCGAGGUCUGUUCCUGGUAUGAACAUACCGCAUCGUCCAUCAGGUCAGCGACCUGAAACUGCCCCACCGCCUGAAUCAAACCACUUUCCUCAACAUGGGUUUGGAUUCAUGGGUGGGUUGGGAGGCUUUGCUCCAAUGGCAACAACAAGAUUUGGGAAUUUUACAUUCUUCACAGGAUUUGGUGGUUUUAUCCCGUCGUUGUUUAACUUUCAACUGCAUGGAUUUCAUGAUGGCGCUAUGUAUGGUACUCCAACUGGUUUUCACUAUGGAUUUCCUAAUUCAUUUCAUGGCGGCCAUGCUCACGGAUAUUAUCCUCGUCAUACAGGUCAAGGUCAACAAGAUUAUUAUCUAAAGAGGCUUCUUAUGGUUAUUGCUUUUUGUGUUUUUCUUGCUUUUAUUUGGCAAUAGACUUGAUAAAGCUGAAGCUGCUAAGAAAAAUGAUGUUUUUGCCGAACUUAAGUCAUUGUAGAUCUUCUGAUGCACUCUGUAACUAAGGCUUUUGUUUAUAUUUUGUUUCAUCAAUACUAUUGCAGCUAUCUUUGUCAUUA